AUGGGCAAACCAGUGCACCCAGCGACCGUCCACUUCCCAAUCUCCUUCCUCUUCCUCGGCUUCGCCCUGGACAUCCUCAACCAUGUCCGCACUUCGCUCCCAUCUACCCUCUCCAACAACCUCCUCUCCGCGGCCGAGAUGUCCAAAGCAAGCUACUACCUCCUCAGCAUCGGCUUGAUCUCCUCCAUCCCAGCCGUCGUGACCGGCGGUCGCGAAGCCGUGGUCAUGAUCGCCAAACAGGGCAUGUGGGAUUCUGACGGCAAAACUACAACUAUGAAGCCUAAGGUGAAGGCUACGAUUGCACAUGCUCUGAUGAACGAUGUUGUGAUCGCCGUGAGCACGUACGUUUGGUACAGCAGGCGGGCGGCCGCGAACAACAGCUUAGCUGGCAAGGUUGGCGCCGCAAGUGCAUAUACCCCAGCUACGUGGAUGGUUAUCGCGGAGGUUGUGGUGACCGUCUUGAUGAUGAUGGCGGCGAACGUGGGCGGAGUGUUGACCUACAACUUUGGUGUGGGCUUCAGCAGGAUGGAUUCAGGCAAGAAGUCGCAGUAG